AUGACAGAUACCGUCUACCCUUCAUCAAAGCCCAACGGCACCUCCUCCGCCGCCGUCGACGCUCCCACUACCCAAAAACCACAACCACCACCGGCGAACAAAUCCCAGCUUUACAACCCUAAUCUCAAUCGCCACCCUUACCGACCAAACCCUAACAUCUACCACCGCAACCACCGCCGCAGCUACUUCUGCCUAUGCUGCUUCUGGUCAAUCCUCAUCAUAAUCCUCCUCCUCCUCCUCGCCACCAUCGCCGGCUGUAUCCUCUACCUCCUCUACCGCCCUCACCGUCCGACAUUCUCCAUCACCUCGCUCAAAAUCUCCCAAUUCAACCUCACCACCACCGCCGACGACACAACACACCUCACAUCCAGGCUCAAUCUCACCCUCUCCACCAAAAAUCCAAAUAAGAAAGUUGUGUUUUACUACGAUCCAAUCGCAAUCACAUGUUUAUCAGAUGAAACUCAAAUUGCAAACGGAUCGUUUCCGGAUUCCUUUGCUAGUAAUCCGAAUAACAUCACCGUCAUUCGUUCGUCAUUGUAUAGCAACUCUCUGCUUCUCGAAACGACUACGGUGAACCAGAUCAGAUCAGAUCUGAAGAAGAAAUCUGGAUUGCCGUUGAAGAUAUUGCUUGAUACUGAAGCUCGAGUGAAGAUCGAAUCAAUUAGAAGCAAAAAAGUUGGGAUUCGGAUCGAAUGCGAAGGAAUUCAUAGCCUCAUUCCAAAGGGUGGUGGUGGUGGUAAGUCCAGAAAUUCAUCGGCAUCAUCGGUAACUGCCACCGUUUCUGACGCUAAAUGCAAAGUCGAUCUUCGGAUCAAGAUCUGGAAAUGGACCUUUUCAAGUUAGCAAUCUUCACACAAAUUGAUUUGGGGUUUUUCCAUAUAUCUUUAAUUUUGAUUAUUAACUUGUUGAGGAUUUGAAUCACGAGGAUGAAACUAAUUUUUCAUGAAUCUUCACUGAAAUCAUUGUAAUUGUUUUCAUACAUUUUCCCCCUUUUUCGUUAA